AGAAGCAAAAAGAGUAUUCAGAGCUCGUGCCAAAUGUUGUGGCCAUAGCUUGCAAAAUGCAAGAAAUGAAGUUCACGCCUUUGCAAAUUUUGGCCUUUUAUAACCUUUGAAGAUCAAUUUGUUUGGCAGCUCAUUUACUGUGACUCAGAGGAUUGGGAACCGCAGAUAGACACUUGAAUGAUCAAAUUGCAGUAGUAUUUGUAAAUCUCAUAGACAACAUAAUCAAAAUGGUUGAUGAUAACAGCACUGAUGAUGCCAAUGAAAAGUCAUUGGUGCUUUCGGACCAGGAAAAAGGAAGUAGGAACAAGAGGAAGUUCUUAUCUGAGUUUCCUCCUAGUGAUUCACCUGUCCUGUCUCUUACUGAGUUUCCAAGAUAUGAAUUAUUAGAGAAAAAACUGCAAAGCACUCUUAAUCAGCUCAAGUCAUUGGAUGGUGGGUGUCAACAAGGAGUGGAAAGGUCUGCAGAUGCAGAUUGGGAAGAACCAAUAACAUGUCAACUCGAGGAACUUUUAUCACAAAACUUGUCUGCUACUUUCCGGAGUGCAGUCAAGAGGAUUGUUGAGUGUGGAUACAGUGAGGAAAUUGCUGAACGGGUUAUAUUGAGGAGUGGCCUCUAUCAUGGUACCAAAGAUACCGUCUCAAAUAUUGUUGAUGGUGCUUUGGCUUUACUGAGUAGGGAAAAGGAUUUUGAUACCUCUAGACAUCUUGCAUUUUCUGAUUUACAUGGGCUGGUAGAGUACACCAUGCUGGAGAUGAUAUGUGUGCUGAGGGAGGUUAAACCAGCUUUCACAGUUGCUGAAGCAAUGUGGUGCCUCUUAAUAUGGGACUUGAACCUGGUACAUGCAUGUACAGUGGAAGGUGAUAUUCUUGAUGCGUUAUGCAGGCAAGAAAGUCCAGGCAACAGCUCGAAGACUGAGGCUUCUGAGACUACUCUGUCAAACCCGGAUAAACUACAGUUGUCAAAACCUUCCAUCCCCAUUGCUCAAUCCAAAGUUGCUGUUGCUAGUGCAGCCCCUCAAGAACCGACUUCUAAAAAUUCACAUGUUCGUCAAGCGGCAAUAGGGAAAGGAAGUUCAGUAGCUCUUCCAGAAGCAGAGGCUAAAUCCUUACCCACCAGCAGCAGGGGGCAUAAGCAGAAUCCCUCGAAAGCAGCAGUGUUAGAAGAUAAGUCGGGAGCUGGUAGAAAGGGGUCAUCCCUAAACUCCAAGAAGGAUCUUCUUCGGCAAAAGACAUUUCAGUUUGAGAAGAAUUACAAAGGCCGUAUGGGUAAGGGUUCCAUUAAGGCAAAACUCUCUGCCUGGGGCAAUAUGGUUUUGGACAAGACACUCAACCCUCCGUCAGGUUCUUCUGGUGCAGCGACGAAGAGUUCUUCCUCUAAAGUAAAUACUUCAGUUAAAAACAAUAGUCCUAUAGCAGAAGGAAGUUCUGAUAGUCUAUGCCCUUGUUCAUCCACUGCACCUGCAACUGACGACUCUGGCGUGCAAGAUACUAUUAUUCCAUCGCCCGCUGUAAACAAAAAGGAUCCUUCAUCAUUAGCUUUGGAUCCUAAGUCUAGUGUAAAGGCCCCAGGCGGCAGCACAACUAGCUCUUCUGAGGUUCCAGAUUAUUAUGCUGGUAUCCCGUAUGAUGAGUCUCUGGGGAAAUAUGUCCCUCGAAAUGAAAGAGAUGCUACUAUUUUGUUGCUAACUCCCCAUAUGAAAACACUGCAGAAAGAGCUCCAACGGUGGACUGAUUGGGCAAAUGAGAAGGUAAUGCAGGCUGCUCGGAGGCUUGGCAAGGACCAGGCGGAGCUUAAAAUGUUGAGGCAAGAGAAAGAAGAUGCUGAAAGAUCUCAAAAGGAAACACAAAUGCUGGAGGAAACCACCACGAAGAGGCUUUCGGAGAUGGAGCAUGCAUUGUCAAAUGCUAGUGGCCAGAUUGAGUUGGCUGGUUCUACUCUUCACAGGCUGGAGGGGGAGAAUGCUGUGCUAAAGAAGGAGAUGAACGCCGCCAAGCUCUUUUCCGCAGUGUCUGCUAUAAACAUGCAUAAAGCUUUAGCAACAGAGCAGGAGACAGUGAAGAAGUAUCAAGCAGGAGAGGUGGAGAAGCGCUCAUUGCAGGAGGAACUCUCUAUGCUCAAGCAUGAAACAUCUGAUUUACAGCAGCGACAAGAGAAAGUCAACAAGCGCCUGGACCAGUUUGAGGUUCUAUGGAAGCAGGAGGAAAGGCAGAAACAAAGGUUUGUACAGCAAGCUGAUUCCUUGAAAGCUGAAAGAGAGCAACUCGGUGUUCAGGGAAAAGCAGCGGAGGAUAAUUUGAGAGAAAAGGCAGAGAGCAGCAUGCAAAAGCUUAAAGAAAAUAUCCAAAAGCUUGAGAGUGAAAUCUCUCAGUUGAAAUUGCAGUCUGAAAGUUCAAAAAUAGAGGCACUUAAAAGAGGCAUUAAUGUGGGGCUACCUCCUAAUAUCAGAAAGAGUUUAGCAGGCUAUGAGGAUAAUUUUGGCUCUACAGUAAAGAUGGAGAGGGAGUGUGUUAUGUGUAUGACUGAGGAGAUGUCGGUGGUUUUUCUCCCUUGUGCACAUCAAGUCCUUUGUGCAAAAUGCAACAUGCUUCAUGAAAAGCAAGGAAUGAAUGACUGCCCUUCUUGUAGGACCCCAAUUAAGAUGCGGAUUAAUGCCCGCUUUGCUCAUUCUUAACAGUUAGCAACGCGAAAACAGUGACAGGAAAAAGGAGCUGGUCGUUGGAGGAAUGAUGUUUCAGAGCCAAGACAUUUUUCGUUUUUUAGUAUGUCCUUUUUUGAGGCCUUUCUUUCAUACCUUAACUGUAAUAUCAAUAGGAAAAUGCAAAAAAAGUAUAGAUAUGUAGAAAGUAAUGUGAAAAAGAGUUAGAAAGAGGGACUGGUUAAUGAGCCUUGUAAAUGCUUACUUUGAAGGUUUUAUACAAAAUGUUGUUCUCUCUG